AUGCCUGCCCGCGCUACCAACAUCACCAUUGUGAACAACACCAGCCAAGACUUCCAUGGCGGUUCUGGCUCUCUCGUACACGGUAUGUGGAACCGAGACGUUCCAGACACUAUUCCCAAGGGACAGUCCGCCGAUAUGGGGGCUGAAUCCGACGGCAUCAUGAGUGGCGAUGAAGGCUGGGUUAACUACAAGUCUGCCGCUGGCGACAUGAAGUUCCACUUCGAUAAUCCUUUUAUUGGUGAUAAUUCGUAUGAUACCACUGACCCUGAUCACUUCAGUAUCUCUAAAAGUGGUGGAGAUGGGAAUGAGUGCCAUGUCACCUGGACUAUCACCGAGAAGGUCGGGCAUGGACAUAAGUGA